UGAUUCCCUACUUUCUUGUUGUCAUUUUGUACUUGUCAUUGUUUAUCUGUUUAACACAAAUUACAUAUUGUAUUGCUCCGUCAUUCCCAGUACAGUGCCGCCCACACAGCAAUAGGUGUCUGAUAACCACUUGCUGAACAAAAUUUUUAAAAUUUUCCCCAGAAAAAUCCAACAAGGGGACACUUACCACCUAAGUCAAAUGCAUUUGAAGACUAAAAUGAUGGUGGGUUGAAAAUCUGUUUCACAAGCAAGUUCUUGCCUGUGACAGUGUGUUUGCCACCAUGGCCCCCAAAAAGAAGACUGUCAGAAAGAACAAAGGCAACAUCAAUGAGAUGACCAUCAUUGUAGAAGACAGCCCCCUCAACAAACUCAACGCUUUGAAUGGGCUCCUGGAGGGAGGCAAUGGCCUUAGCUGCAUCUCUUCUGAAUUAACAGAUGCUUCUUACGGCCCCAACCUCUUGGAAGGUUUAAGUAAAAUGAGGCAGGAGAGCUUCCUUUGCGACUUAGUCAUCGGCACCAAAACAAAAUCCUUUGACGUUCACAAGUCAGUGAUGGCUUCUUGCAGUGAGUACUUUUACAACAUCCUAAAAAAAGACCCCUCUACCCAAAGGGUGGAUCUCAGUGAUAUCGCACCGCUGGGCCUGGCCACGGUCAUUGCAUACGCCUACACUGGAAAGCUCACUCUCUCCUUGUAUACCAUAGGAAGCAUUAUUUCUGCUGCUGUUUAUCUUCAGAUCCAUACCCUUGUCAAGAUAUGCAGUGAUUUUCUGAUACAAGAAAUGAGUGUUGAGAAUUGCAUGUACAUUGCUAACAUUGCCGAAACAUACUCCCUAAGAAAUGCAAAGGCAGCAGCCCAGAAAUUUAUCCGGGAUAACUUCCUUGAAUUUGCAGAAUCAGAUCAGUUUAUGAAACUUACAUUUGAGCAAAUUAAUGAACUUCUUAUAGAUGAUGACUUACAGUUGCCUUCUGAAAUAGUAGCAUUCCAGAUUGCAAUGAAAUGGUUAGAAUUUGACCAAAAGAGAGUGAAAUAUGCUGCCGAUCUUUUGAGCAAUAUUCGCUUUGGUACCAUCUCUGCGCAAGACCUGGUCAGUUAUGUUCAGUCAGUACCAAGAAUGAUGCAAGACGCUGAUUGUCACAAGCUUCUUGUAGAUGCUAUGAACUACCACUUACUUCCCUAUCAUCAGAACACAUUGCAGUCUAGACGCACGAGAAUCCGAGGGGGCUGUCGUGUGCUUGUCACUGUGGGGGGCCGUCCAGGCCUUACUGAGAAGUCCCUUAGCAGAGACGUCUUGUAUAGAGACCCUGAAAAUGGAUGGAGCAAGCUUACAGAGAUGCCAGCCAAGAGUUUUAAUCAGUGUGUGGCUGUGAUGGAUGGAUUUCUUUAUGUGGCCGGUGGUGAAGACCAGAAUGAUGCAAGAAAUCAAGCCAAGCACGCAGUCAGCAAUUUCUGCAGAUACGAUCCCCGCUUCAAUACCUGGAUCCACCUGGCCAGCAUGAACCAGAAGCGGACGCACUUCAGCCUGAGCGUGUUCAACGGGCUCCUGUACGCCGUGGGCGGCCGCAACGCCGAGGGCGGCCUGGCCUCGCUCGAGUGCUACGUGCCGUCCGCCAACCAGUGGCAGCCCAAGGCGCCCCUGGAGGUGGCGCGCUGCUGCCACGCCAGCGCGGUGGCCGACGGCCGCGUACUGGUGACCGGCGGCUACAUCGGCGGCGCCUACUCGCGCUCCGUGUGCGCCUACGACCCGGCCCGCGAUGCGUGGCAGGAGCUGCCGGCGCUCAGCACGCCGCGGGGCUGGCAUUGCACGGUGGCGCUGGGCGAGCGCGUGUACGUGAUGGGCGGCAGCCAGCUAGGGCCGCGCGGCGAGCGCGUGGACGUGCUAACCGUGGAGAGCUUCAGCCCGGCCGCCGGCCAGUGGAGCUACGCGGCGCCGCUGCCCGUGGGCGUGAGCACGGCGGGCGCCUCGACGCUGCACGGCCGCGCCUACCUGCUGGGCGGCUGGAACGAGGGCGAGAGGAAGUACAAGAAGUGCAUCCAGUGCUUCAGCCCCGAGCUCAACGAGUGGACGGAGGACGACGAACUGCCCGAGGCCACCGUGGGCGUGUCGUGCUGCACCCUGGCCAUGCCCAAUCACGUGACCCGAGAGUCCCGCGCCAGCUCGGUGUCCUCCGUGCCCGUCAGCAUCUGAACCCGGGGAACCGCGGGCUCGCGGGGAGAGAAGAUAGGCAUCGCGGUUCAGCAGUGAGCUAGCGGAAAGGAAACUAUGUAACAUUUACUAAAGGGGUGUCUUUUCAGAUCCAUCGAGGCAUCUGCCUUGGUGGUUUUCAGUUGCUGGUGUGGCAUCAUCUACCUCUGUCGAUAUUUUUUUUUUUUUUUUUUUUUUUCUUUUUUUAAGCAAAAUACAGAGCCGGAGCCAACAAAGGAAAGAAGCCAUUUAUUUCAGCGGCCACUGGGUGGCAGACAGAACUCGCGGUGGGCACUUCCAACGCGGCAUCCUUUCUAAACAUAGAGCGGUUACACCCACAUUUGAGAUUGUGCUUCUGCACUUUAAUACACACGAAGCCCGUGUGAGUAAGAGAUUACUCGUACAAAAGUUUCUUUUCCUUUCUCUUUUUCUUUAGGAAGUUUAAAAUAUUCCUUUAUAGGCUUCAUUUUUAAAUGGAAAUCAGUCUACAUCCAUAAGGAUUUAAGAUUUAAUUCUGUGUUUCUAUGCAGUUUCUUUUCCUAUACAUGCCUGAGUAAAGGAUUUCGAAAGGCAUCCCAGGAGAAAAUCAUAAAGCUUAAGACAAAUACUGACGGGAAAGUAACAGGGAUUCCACCCAGGGGCUGACAGGUUGAUGCCUUUGGUUUAGCAGUGAUUCCCUCCUCCCUGUCUCAGGCCCCCAAAAGUAUUUCCUAUCAUAAAAUCCUACUCUCAAAGAAGGAACUGACAUCAGUCAUCUAAUUUAUAGGUAAAUUUAAACCAUUUUGUUGUUUCUCCUAGAAGUAUUCGCAUUUUACUUUGGUCCCCCAUUAAAAGAAUUGCAAGUAGUACUCUCACCCUAAACACUACAUCAAGGUGGUUAAAGGCAAACUUGACCUUCAUGUAAGCCCCCAGAAGAACACCAAAUAAAACUCUGUCUGUAAGGAUCCUUAACAUAUAGCAUAUGCAGCCUGAAGGUUAUGCAACCAAUAACAAUAAUUUGAUUUCUUCCGGUCCUUUAGAUGAGUGAGAAUGGAGGAAACAUUUGGAAUUCCUGGACUUAGCAAUAGCGGGAUGAAUGGGUCCCCCUGUUGGUAAAUUCUAUUGUUUACCAAUUGAUUUCAAUCCUGAUUUCUUAAUUAAAAAUCUAACACGUUCAUUUUCUAUAGAAAUGUUAAGAUAAUAUAUGCCCAUUUGAUUAUAUAUUUUUAAAAUUUCAUCUGCUCCAAAUUAGCUUUGCAAAUUAAACUAUAUCGACUCCAUAUCAUUUUUCUUAUAUGUUCGCCAAGUUUGGAAGCAAGGGAAUGAUGGCAGUAAAUGAUACAUAUUUUCCUUUCUUCUUAUUUAUCCUUUUAUUCUUUGACAGUUCACUUGUUUUGGAGAGGAAGGGCCUAUCAAUUAUGGGUUAUGUGCAAAUGGGUUUUGAAAAAUAAGGCAAACUAUUUAAAUGGUGAAGCAUGACAUCUAUGACAGCAUAACCAGGUUUUCAUGAACCCUGUCCUCUCCCACUGUGUGUAGAUAGGUUAUGGCUAGAGUUACAAUAUUUAUACUGAAAAUAUUUUAUUUGAACUGUGAAAAGUGGUUCAUAUAGUAGUACACUUUGUGGAACAAUUUUAUAUCAUUGCCCCUUAUGGAGAGUUCAAUCUCUGGGUAUUUAAUGGUAACACUCGGGUAAAGGCUAGAACAUUGCGGUUGAGAACAAGACGUUAUUAAUGUAAAAACGCUGGGCUGUUUCCUAACGCAGGGCAGGAGGAGCUUCUCCAAGUACAGAGCAGAUCUGCUCCUUGAUUCUUUAUUGGCCCAGGCUAAAAAAUAAACCUGUGUGAGAAACCAGUGUAUGGAGCUGGUUAUAUCACUGAGCUCGUAAGUCACAAUGUACAACCUAUAGAUAGACUUCUGUCCUUGCAGCACCAUGGGUAAAAUUAGCUUUUCAUUUGUAAUAAGUUGUUUAGGCCACAACUUCCAAAGACUAUAUGAGGGUGACUGUAACA